GAUCAUUAUUCUACAAUCAUUAAUCAUUCAUCAUUAUCCCUUUGUUUCAUUAACACCGUGAAAACAUUGUCAAAAAAAUGCAACUUUUAACCAUCAUUUUCGUUUGUCUAUUGCCGGGAUUAUUGGCCAUACCUUUAUCAUUUGAUCAUAAUAAUGAUGAUUAUAUUGUUCAUUCAAUCUAUAAUUCAACAAGAAAUCUGUCACCUGGUGGAUGUCCAGUUUGUGAAAGCCGGCACGUUUGCUAUGAUGAUAUUGGAUGUUUCAGUUUAGAUGGCCCUAUGGGACAUGUUCUAUUGUUACCACAAUCACCGAAGCAUAUUAAAACAAAAUUUUUAGCAUUCAAACCUGGUAAAAUUGAUACUGAACAUGAAGUCGAUCCAUAUAAACCGGAUACAUUCAAUGUUAUCGAUACUAGCAAGAAAAUUGCAUUCAUUAUUCAUGGUUUUGCUGAAUCACAUACGGAUGAAAUAUUGAUGGAUGCAAAAGAUUCGUUACUGAAAUAUCGAUCAUCCGAAAUUGGUACGGUUAUUAUGGUUGAUUGGAAACAUGGAGCAACAGCACCGGCCUAUACACAGGCAGCAACCAAUACGCAAGUAGUUGGACGUCAAAUUGCUCAUCUAUGCAACGAAAUACAUAAAUCAAUUAAAAUGGAUCCAGAAAAAUUCUAUCUGAUAGGUUUUUCAUUGGGUGGUCAGGUCGCAGGUUUUGGCGGUAAAUGGUCACGUAGUGAAUAUAAAUGGAAAUUUGGUCGUAUUACCGGAUUAGAUUCGGCUGCACCAUCAUUCGAAGGAAGAGAAGGUGCUUUUCUAACCAAAGAUGAUGCUGAUUAUGUUGAUGCUAUUCAUACAACAACCGGUGGUGAUAUAUUAGCUGGUCAAUUAGGUUUUACAUCACCAUAUGCACAUAUUGAUUUCUAUCCAAACGGGGGUAUUGUACGACAACCACCAUGUCCUGUUGGAACAGGUAUUGCAUGCAGUCAUAAAACAUCGGUUCGAUAUUACGAAGCAUCAUUAAGUGCCCAAAAACAAUGUCAUUUUAUUGGACAUCCAUGUGAUAAUUAUCAAAAUUAUUUGGAUGGUAAAUGUAAACUAAAAGAUGGUGAAAUGGGUUAUCAAUCAUUCCAAUUUUUACGAUCACAUGGUUUACAUUAUCUAUUAACCAGUGAUAAAUAUCCAUUUUGUGAUAGUAAUUAAUUUUUUUUAAUUAACCA